GAUUGGAAGCCAGGGCAGUCAUAUACAUCGUGUAAAUCAAGAAGAGCCUUGAAAAUAAAUUGAUUUGAAAUGAAGACUUUUGCCAUUGUAGCCGUAGUUCUGCUGGGACUAAGUGCCGUACAAGCGGCUCGUCCAUCAUCGGAAAAAGUUCUCGAAGAGAUCGAGAAAGUGCGACCUCGCUACAAGGAGAUUCAGGACUUUGUAAUCCGCACGAUUAGUGAUGCCCGGUUGAAAAGCUCGGAACAACUUGCCAAAUUCCAUUCGGAUGUUCUCUUGGUAAAGCAAACAUUUGUGAUAGAUGCCAUCAAGAAGGAGGAUGCUCUACUGUUCCAGGUAAACAAUCAACCAUCAACGGUGGAUACAUCUUGCCUUUCGUUCAUCAAGACCUUGGCUGACAGUUUUAUGAAUCUGUCAGGAACGGGAUUCUCCACCUGCAUCACUGAAGCCAGUGAUAGUUUGGAAAAAGUCAUUUCUGCUUUCUACGCAUUGCUGCAGCAAGAUGAAACGGAAUACAUUGGCAUCGGUUUGUUGAAUGUUUUCAAGGGUGAGAACAUCUUCUAUUCUCCCGAGUCACUUAUGUACAAGCUGCAACAAAAGGCCGUAUCAAUGGAAGGCUACCCUGCAUACCUGGAGGAUGAUUUGAUGAAAACAAUCAACAACUUGGGUUCAAACCUGGAAUCGCUGGAAAUGGCCUACAUUGGAUGUAUGAGCACCAGUGAACAAAUGCUGAAGGAUGGUUUCACAAUGGCACAAAGUCACAUGAGUUUGACUUGCCGAGCUGUGCAGGUCCCGGUACCCAGUACUCCACAAACCGAAGUUGUACCAGACAGCAAUCCCGCGGUGGCCUCGUUGGAUCCUGAAGCUAUCAGACGAUUCCUUGAACGAUUUGGCCUGUAA